AUGCUCAGACUCUUCUCAAGAAACCUUCCCACAGCUACCAAAUCUAUCACGUCCACAAUACGAACAAAUCAAUUCAUCCCAAGGACUACGUACCAAAUCAUCAGAAAUAUGGGUAACGGCAAGGCCAACACCGAGGACCUCAAGGGCUCCAAGCUCUUCGAUGUUUCCCACGUCACUGCUCUCGUUACUGGUGGAGGAACUGGUAUCGGUCUGAUGAUCACACAAGCGCUGGUCGCAAACGGUGCGAAAGUAUACAUCACAUCAAGACGCGAUGAAGUUUUGAAGAAGACGGAGGAGCUGUAUGGAGGUGGCGGUCCAGGCCAAAUUAUUCCUCUCCAAGCAGAUGUCAGCGAAAAGGAUGAUGUCAAGCGUCUUUACGACGAGAUGUGUCAAAAAGAGCCAAAAGGAAUCCAAAUUCUGGUCAACAACGCUGGUAUCGCUCGUGAUGACAACACCAAGUUUUCCGCAAACGGCCAGCCAAACAUGGAGGACGCCCAAGCCAUCUCUGACCAUUUCCUCAAGUCCCAGCCCGAGAACUGGGCCGACACCAUGAAGACUAAUGUCGGAAGCAUCUUCUGGAUGUCAAUGACCUUCUUGCCUCUCUUGGCCAAGGGUGGCCAGGUGACUCCUGGAUACACCUCACAGGUCAUCAACGUUAGCAGUAUCUCAGGGUACAUGAAGGGUAGCAGCAACGGCCAGUUUUCUUACGCGUCUAGCAAGGCAGCUGCCACACAUCUGAGCCGCAUGCUUGCAACAACCUUUGUUGGUACCAAGGUUCGGGUGAACACUAUCGCUCCUGGUGUCUUCCCAAGUGAGAUGACCACAGGCUCUUCCGAUGAGGACAACAAGAGCCGCAUCGAAUCUGGCAUGAGCAACCCUGCGGGUCGACCUGGUGCUGAUACUGACAUGGCUGCGACGGUUCUCAUGCUGGCUGGACCAGGUGGUGUAUUCUACAACGAGCAGGUCAUGUACCCUGAUGGUGGAAGCACGCUCUCGCAGCCCGCAGCGAGGGCUUAG